CACCUUAGCGUUCGUGUAGUAAAGUGCAGAUGGUGAAACGUUUCUUCCAAGGCCACUGGGGGUAAAAAAUAAAAUAAAAUAAGGAUUUGUCUCCCUUUUCGAAUGUCCUGGCGGUCCUUCCUCAUCAACGUUGUUUAGCUUCGAGCUCAGGAAUUGUAAUCGAUAGCCGAGAAAAUGCGACCGCGGACCACAGGAAGCUUCUGGAACUUUCUACCGUCGUCUACUGGUUGCGUUGCAGUCAGGCGAACUGGCAGCAGUCUGUCAGCGAGAAGCGACGAGCGGACGGUGCCGGGCGCCGGGAAACUUGUACGUCGGCUAGCGUCGGCAGCUGAAGCGACGGAGGGACCCCGAGCGGCUAACGCUAGCAUCUAGAGCUAAGCUCAGGCCGGGAACCGGGCGAGCGGCUAGCCAUGUUCGGCUGCUUGGUGGCCGGCCGGCUGGUGCAGACCGACGCGGUCCAGGUGGCCUCGGAUAAAUUCGUCUUCAACCUGCCGGACUACGAGAGCGUGAACCACGUGGUCGUGUUCAUGCUGGGCACCGUGCCGUUCCCCGCAGGCAUGGGCGGCGCGGUCUACUUCUCCUUCCCGGACCCCGCGAGCGGCGGGCCGGUGUGGCAGCUGCUCGGCUUCAUCGCCAACGACAAGCCGAGCGCCAUCUUCAAGAUCUCGGGGCUGACGGCGGCGGGCCAGGACCAAGGCCGGGGCGGGGCGCACCCCUUCGGCUGCGUGGCGUCGGCCGCCCCUUCCGUGGCGCAGGUCGGCGUGUCGGUGGAGCCGCUGGAGCAGCUGGCGCAGCAGACGCCGGUGUCCGGGGCGGCGGCGUCCACCGCGGACACGCUGCGGCUGUUCACGCAAAAGAUGCUGGACAGUUUGUACAACUUCGCGUCGUCGUUCGCCGUCACGCAGACGCAGAUGACGCCCAACCCCGGCGAGACCUUCGUGCCGUCCAGCUGCAUCCUUAAGUGGUACGAGAACUUUCAGAGGCGCAUGAGUCAGAACCCCAACUUUUGGAAGAACUGAAGGAUCGGGCGAGACAUCUCCAAGACAUCGCAACGUGGGGGACACCGGAGAUGUCCGACGUCUUGUGCCAAAAGACAUUCUUGACUUGUGUACGUUCACAAGUAUCAUCCUGAAGGAUGGGAUUGUGCAAACAAAUUCGACCAACAUAUUUGAAACGGCUUCGUUUCUUUGCAUUGUUGUUUGACGCCCAUUAAAGCUAUUUGGAUGGCUUUCCCCUUA